GAGUGAUAUAUCCCUUUAACAAGGAGACACUCUAUCUUAUCUCCUCCAUCGCGUUUACUGAAGAGAACCUCCCACAACAGUUUUUUUUAUAAUGAGAUAAGGAGAGGGAGUGGACAUACAGGACAGAGGAGAAGCUGUUCUAUCUUCAUUUUUUAUUACAAAGUAGAAUGAAAAUAUACUGUGGAUAUGUCAACUGGUCAUGAAUCCACAUGGUCAUCUGAGGAUUCCAUAGCCGAAGAUAACUUUGAUGUUACAACAGCUGGAAAUUGAAGGAGGGAUCAUGCAUUCAGGUGUGUGGCUGAGGUUGAUGACACUGAAAGCUCUGACAGUUCUCAUGGCAGCUCAAAGUCCUGCGGUUUUCACUUUGAUGGUUCCUCAUGGUCUGAUCUUGACCGCGUUGAACUCCUCAGUCUCUCUGGCUUGUGAACUCUCACCUCUCUUCAAUGCGGAGCCAUUGGAGGUGCGCUGGUAUCGGUCCGGUGACUUCGACAAACCUGCCUUGUUGUAUGAGGACCACAAGAUCCAGGAGGCCCCUGUGGACCCCCGGUACAGGGGCAGGGUGUCUCUAACUGGGGGUCUGGAGAGAGGGAACGUGUCCCUGACACUGGAGAGAGUCACACUGGAAGACAUGGGGGAGUAUGUCUGCCAUGUCAGCAACGCACAGUGGUAUGAAAAAGCCAGUGUCUUCCUCACAGUAAAGGUACUAGGUGGUACCCCGGUGGUCUCUGUUGCUGAAGCAAGAGGGGGAGGAGGUCAGGUGAACGUUACCUGUUUAUCAGAGGGCUGGUCACCAUAUCCUACACUCACCUGGAGAAACAAAGAGGGGACAGAGAUCAGAAAUGGACGAGAAGUACUCAACACUCCAGAUCCUCAGGGCUUGGUGAGAAUCAGUAGUUGGAUGCUGUGUUCUCCCUCAGACACCGAUUGGCUCUCCUGUACAGUCUCUCUGUCUGAAGAGGAGAAGAAAGAGAGUAGAAUCCUGCCCAAAGCUCCAACGGAGGGACAUUGGAGUCUUGGAGCCUUCAUCGCGACUCUGAUUAUUUUACUGCUAGUUGUCUCUACUGUUAUUGGGCUCUUCAUCUGGAACAAAAAAACUGAUAAAACAGAGUCUACUGAGAGGCCUGAAGAAGAAACAUCUCUUGCCGGAGAAUGUGGUACGCAAACUGCCAAGGAAACAACUACGCAGAAGGAAUGUGUCCCGAAAGAAUGGGGUGAAGUAAAAAGAUUCAAAGUGGACAUCACUCUGGACCCAAAGCCUGGUCAUCCAUAUCUACAAGUGUCUCCAAAUCGAAAGAAGGUCUACUCUAAGACAUCAAAAGAACCUAAUGUUUCCACAGCCCCUCAUGUCCUUAGUGAGGACAAAUUCAGCUUCGGACAGAUAUACUGGGAAGUGGUGGUGAGGAAUAGUGGAUAUUUCGAUUCAAUACUUGGAGAGAAACAGUCAUGGUACGUUGGGGUAGCCACAGACACAGCCACUCUGACAACUGGUGUUGUACCUUUAACCCCUCAGAAUGGUUUCUGGGUUUUUACAUAUGAAAAAGAAAAAGGGUAUUGUGUCUCUGAUGACCUUCAAAUGCCAGUAUCUGGAAAUGAAAGCCCUUCAAUGUUGAGAGACAUAUCAGCAGACAUUCUUACAACACUGGGAGUGUUCUUAGACUGUGACAGACAGAUGCUUUCUUUUUAUGAUGCUGAUUCAAAGCUACAUCUUUACAGUUUGUUUAACGUUGUGUCAUCUAACACAUUCUUCGCUGUAUUCAGCCCUGGGUUACGUGACACCUGUCCCUUAACAGUAAAAUGACUCUGCAUGACAAAGUGUUAUGAAAUAGGUCAGGUAGUUUAGUUCUUAGGAACACAAUUAUACUCUUCAUCCCCAGGUAGCAGCAACAGAGGCAGGUGCUGUCCUCUGCCAGGAAGUCUUGAACAGGUGUGGGCAAUCGGGGUGUGGCAGCUUGUAGCACCGUGAGGCUGUUGUAGUUUGGUGGCCAUGUGGGCUUUCGGUUUGGUUUUAAAUCUUCAGUUUUUGGGAUGACAUUUUUCUGUUAUUUUUGUAUAUACUAUUAUUUGUUGAUCACAGUGGCGACACGUCAUUCAGUGCAGGUGGAGCAGUUUGAAAACAAUGUAACAAAAAAUGUAUCAUUGAGUUAAUAAAGCUGCAUACAAACAUGA